UGACUCUCAGUUCAUAGUUGUUUGUUCUCUUGGAAACACACAAGCAAACAACAAAAACUAAAAGCCGGCAAAACCCCAAACAGCCCCCUCCCAUCGAAAAUAAACCGAUUUCGGCUAUAAGUGGUACGUUUGGUCCAUCCAUCAACAAACGGAGACCACAAUGGCGCCCAACGAUCCAGCUCAUCCGUGUUCCAAGGCGGCUGCCAUGGCAGCUGUCUCCGGCAAUGGCAUAUCGUACGUGCAGUGUCAGAACCUGAAGUACAACGUCCUUAUCCUGGGCUGGCUUGGUGUGAUCUUCUCUAGCGUUAUCCUGUGCAGCUCGUUGCUCACCGUGCAUAUGCAGCCCGACAUCGAGCUGCUCCUCAAGCAGUGGCCCCUUAACACAGUCCCGGCCACCGAGCAGCAGAUAUUGAUCAAUUUGUUGGGAAUCUUUAGCUCUAUAGCUUAUGGACUUUCGUUGAUCAACUUGGGAGUGAGCCUACUGUUGCUUAUUGGUAUUGCUCGGGAUUCGAGUUGGUUGAUGUAUCCCUGGCUAAUAUUUCAUGGCUUAAGUUUUGGAUUUGGUCUAUAUUUGGGUGUGUUCUACGCUGUCGCAGGUCUGUUCAUUGACCUGUCGAGCUUUCUAAUGUGCCUUCUGGUAUUCACUCUCGUACUAGUCAUAUUUUACAAGAUCUAUCAUGAGGUCUUUACUCUAUUUCGGGUGAUGGAGCAACAAUCGAAGGACGGGGGCUUGGGCGGGCUCUACUAUCAAGAUGCUGAGCAGGGAUGGACUGCGGCUGGGGUUCCAUAUCAGCAGUUGUUUAUGCCGCGUCUUCCUCUCAAGAAGUAGCAGAAAUAAAUUCAAAAAAAAUCGUAGAUAUUAGUGAUAUUAGCAAGAAUAUAAUAUUUGGACCAAGUUUGUACGUUUAAUAAACCCCGUUUGACGUACUCCAAUUCA